UUUCAAAGCGGAAACAUGGCUCUGGGACUGCUGAUCCUUCUGGUAUUCCUCCUGGUCAUCGCCGCUUUAGCCUUACAGAAACAUUACUCAUAUUGGCGGCGAAUGGGAAUACGUGAGAUCAAGCCCAAAUGGAUAGUGGGAAAUCUAAUGGGACUGCUAAACAUGCAUAAAAGUCCUGCAGAGUUUAUAUCUCAGCUAUAUAACCACCCUGAGGCCGAGAACGAACCCUUCGUUGGAAUACAUGUGUUCCACAAACCGGCAAUUCUCCUCAGAGAUCCCGAAAUGGUUAAGCAUAUCCUUAUCAAAGAUUUUAGUGGAUUUUCCAAUCGGUACUCGAACUCUGAUCAUAAGGCUGAUCCUCUGGGAUCCCAAAAUAUCUUCUUCCUCAAGAACCCCGCAUGGAAGGAAGUCCGUUAUAAGCUAUCGCCGUUUUUCACCGGUAAUCGAUUGAAGCAGAUGUUUCCGCUUAUCGAGGAAGUCGGAGCCAGCUUGGAUGCUCAUCUUCGCCAGCAACCUCUGCACAACGAGCGAAUGCGCUGCUUUGACUUGGAGGCCAAGGAGCUGUGUGCCCUGUUCACCACGGAUGUGAUAGCCACCGUGGCGUAUGGAAUAAAAGCAAACAGUUUUACGGAUCCCAAUAGCGAGUUUCGGCGACAUGGACGAUCAGUAUUCGAGUUCAGCCUUCUGCGUGCGGCGGAGUUCACCAUGGUGUUUUUCCUGCCCCAUCUGGUUCCAUUUUUCGGAUUCAAGGUAGUUCCAAAGGAAGCUACCCAUUUUCUGCGCAAUACCAUCAACUAUGUGAUGUCAGAAAGGGAGCAAUCUGGACAGAAACGCAACGAUCUGAUCGACAUCCUUAUUGAGUUCCGUAGGAGCACACAGCAGGCGAAGGCAUCGGGGAUUAAAGAUCAGUUUGUUUUCGAGGGAGAUAUCCUAGUGGCCCAGGCGGUAUUAUUCUUUACUGCUGGUUUCGAGUCAUCCUCAUCCUCAAUGGCAUUUGCCAUGUACGAAUUGGCCAAAGAUGCUGAUGUACAACAGCGUUUAAGGGAGGAAAUCAAGGAUGCACUAGUAGAUAGUGGUGGGCAGGUUACGCUCACAAUGAUUGAGUCGCUGGAGUUUAUGCAGAUGGUCCUUCUAGAGGUUCUGCGCAUGUACCCCCCGUUGCCGUUUUUGGAUCGGGAAUGUACUUCUGAGAAAGAUUACACACUGGCUCCAUUCCACAACUUCGUCGUUCCUAAAGGAAUGCCUGUUUACAUACCCUGCUAUGCCCUCCACAUGGAUCCCCUGUACUUUCCACAACCUCGUAAGUUUCUGCCGGAAAGAUUCUCCCCUGAAAAUCGCAAGCUCCAUACGCCCUACACCUACAUGCCGUUUGGUCUUGGUCCACAUGGAUGCAUCGGAGAACGAUUUGGACUCCUCCAGGCAAAAGUGGGUCUAGUUUAUCUGCUGCGCAACCACAUGAUAACCACAUCCGAACGCACUCCACACCGCAUGCAAUUGGAUCCCAAGGCAAUUAUUACACAAGCCAAGGGAGGUAUCCCUCUAAGAUUGGUCCGGGAUCCCUUGGGGGUCUAGCUCACCUGAUUUUUUUUUUGGAGUUUCUUUGGGAGUAAUGCAGCCUACAACAACUGAACGAUAACUAAGCCGUACAAUCGCGUGUUUUGGCAUUAAAAAUUAAGUUGGUGUCGCAUCUUAUAGGCAGUUUGAUUGACAAAUUGCGUGUUUUCUCAGCGUAGCAAUAAGAUGAAAAGUCUAUAGCUGAAUGUUCAAUCAUAUAUAUGUACAUAUAUUUUUGUCAUUCUGGGGUACUUACACAUAUCGACAUUACGUAUUCACUGAUCUAUCUAAACUCACUUUGUUUUUAGUUAAAUACAUCAUUACGUUAUUGUUACAUUUUUGAAAUGCAUUUGCAUUUGAUUUUAAUCAAGUAGAUUAAAGGUAUUUAUUGGUGGCGCAAUUUUAUAGCUUCCCUGCCCCCAAGAUUAAAUGUAAUUUGAUAAUGAUUUUGUUUUUAUUCAGUAGACUAGGCGCCGCUUCUGACACGGAGAAUUGUAUAAUGUACGUUACAAGUUUAUCAAAUGAAAGCUGUCAAAAUGCGAUUACCUUGUCAGCUAAUCACUUUAAAAAUAUAUACUAUAGUUCGUUG